UAUUGCCGUUCUCCUAACUGCAGGGUAUUAUCAAAACUUUGCAUCUAUGGAACUGGACUGGGGAUGCUAAACCGCAUCAAGGGAACAAGAUUGAUUCAAAUGUUAUCCCGUUGAAGACCUCCGUAUUCUAAAAUCUAUCGGGAAUCAAGGUGGAACUUUUAGAGAAAGUAGGUGAAUCAAGUGUCUGGUGCGCAAAACUUUUUUUCUGACGGUGCAAAUUGACCUGAUCCCGCUGCAACCAGCUCGCCGGGGAGGGAAGAGCGCUCGCCUUUCUCCCAGCCCAGUGGAUUGGAGCAAAUUCUAUUGUGAUGCUAAAAUCAAGUCGGAAGAGGGAGAGGGCUGACCAACGAUCAAAAGUGAAGCUAUCCACGGGAUUUUUGCUAAUCCAUUUGAAGUAAAUAUGAUUUUUUCGUUUGUUCCAUCCAUUCAAUGUUAUGUUUGUGGAGCGUUUAAUUUUCACCACUUGUUGCUGACUGUUGGAACGAAGUGAAAUUGUUUCGACAGACUGCGGCGAGAGAGAAGGCAAACCAUGUUUCAUUCGCUGACUAAGAUUCGGUAAUGCUAGCAAAUGAUUUAGCCUAUCUGUUCGGAGUGGACAUGCCCCUCUCGGUAUGCGCUGCAGAAUACUUUUUAAGAGGAAAAGGAAAAUAGAACAAUACUUUUUUUCCCAUAUUUUCGCAACCAUUUCCCCUCUGCUGUGGGUCCGGUGGACUGAAUAGGACCGACCCACCAGGACCAGGCUACCUCGGCAGUGCUAGUGAUUAUGGAUAGCAGUCUCCCCAGCGACAGUACAGUCAUACACCGAGGAAAGGCGCUGUUUCUGGAGGCUCGACUCCUGGGUGGGGCGCCCUGGGGGUUUCAGCUCAAAGGAGGUCUGGAACAUGGAGAAGAGUUGAUCAUCUCGAAGGUUGAGGGAGGUGGGAAGGCGGACCUGUUGGAACACCCCCUGUUGCCAGGUGACCAGGUGGUUGUCAUUAAUGACGUGGAGCUCAGUGGAUUCAGGCAGGAAGCCAUCUCAUUGGUCAAAGGAUCUUACAAGACUCUCCGACUCACUGUUCGCAGGGAGUGCUGCCCAGGCCCCUGCUGUGGCGAGCCCACCCCUCUGACACUGCCUUCAAUCGGCCCUCCCUCGGACCGCCACGGACCCCCCAGGGAGACCCGUGGAGGAUGUUCUGGAGGAGUUAAACUACGUAUCAAGAACAGCCGCAGCGAGCCCGUCUCUAGACCUCACUCGUGGCACUCCACCAAACUAGGCGAGGGCCAGCCAGACCCCAGCAUGAUGCAAAUAUCCCAGGGCACCAUAGACCCUCCCUGGCAUCACACAUACCACUCCAGUGCGUCCACUACAGACCUGUCGGGCUACGACCCAGGUUACCUGAGGAAGAGUCCAGACCAGUACAGUUCUAGAGGAAGUAUGGAGAGCCUUGGGGAGCAGCACAGCCACCCAGCUUACAGUUCUUCCUGCCACCAGCUGUCUGCCUCCAAGUCCUCCAACAGCAUGGACCACCUUCACAGCAAAAGGGACUCAGCCUACUCCUCCUUCUCCACCAGCUCUAGUAUCCCAGAGUACCUAGCGGCCGCUCCGACCUUUAGUAAGGAGAGGUCAUACUCCAUGGAGACGGUUCCACAGAGGGGUGGGGUUAGCGGAGGAGGGGGAGGGGCUGUGGCGGAGGGCAGGCAGCACGCUGACAUCCAAUACGUCCGUACAAUCUACGACCCCCAGCAGGGCGGUGCCCAAGAGCACGAGGUCAGCUCCGCUGCGUUGCUCCGCAACCAUGAGGCCAGCAGGGUGGGUUCUCGUAGUGGGGGCAGGGCCUCCUGUCACCGCGGCAGCAGUAGCAGUUGUAACAGCAGUGGCGGAAGCAAUGGCGGUAGUAACCAUGGUAAUAACCCCAAACGCCACAGCGUUGGGCCGAUCUGGGGCCAGUCUCAGUCCGCCAGCUGCAGUUCCUAUGAAAGCCUGAAGGGGGCACCGGCUCCUCCCAUGCGGAGUGACAGCUACGCAGCCAUCAGGCACCACGAGAGGCCCAAUUCCUGGUCCAGCCUGGAGCAGGCUCGCUCCCUUAGGGUCCUCCACAAGGGGUCCACCUCCUCCUGUCACCACUCCUCUGGCUCCGUGGCCUCCGGCUUGGGGAAGGGCUCCUACGGGGCCGAGGGACAGCUCCACACCGUCAUAGAGAAGAGUCCUGAGAGCAGCCCCACCACCAAGCCCAAACAGGGCAUGGGUCAGGGCUUCCUCCAGCCCCCUCAGCCCCAGAAUACAUCUGGCUGCCUCAUGCUGCCCACUCCAGAGCCCCACUAUGCACAGAUGCCCACCAGCAGCCCCAGCCCCAGCCCCAACCCCAGCCCCAGCAGUGUGUACCCAGCCCUGGCCAGGGAGAGCAGCCUGAGCAGGCAGAGAGAGCUCCAGGGGUUAGGGUUGGGGGUCAGUGUGGAUACAGGGAUGGCGGUAGCAUUAGAGAACACUUCCUAUGUCACCUCUUCCAACCAGCCUCAGCAUCAUGACUUUGCUCAGCCUCCACUCAAACAGCCAGCCUAUCCAGCCCAGCCUGUUGACAGAGGGGGCGACAGAGGACAUGAGGAGACCCAAACCAAACUGGGUCUCUACAGGUCUCAUGUGAAGGGGGAGGGCCAGACCGUCUCCCGAAGGCAAAGCCAGCAGGGGCAAGGUCAGAGGCAGGGUCAUGGUCAGGGUCAGGCGUACAGACCCUCCUCAGCCCAGUCCAUAGGCCAGGAGAGGAGGGACCCAUACACUCCAGUUCAGCCGCGGGGAGAGAGGUCACCCAGGUAUUCCCAGGGCUCAGAGAGCUACACUGAGAACCACCAACAGGGACAGGUCAGACACAGUGAACACAGCCAUCCAGACUCUCAGCUUCCCACCACCAUGCCCAGUAAGAUAUCCAAGGGCCACGUUCCUCAGGGGAUCAGGAGCAGCAGUACCCCAGCCCAGGGGCCUGAUCAUCGGGUCAACAACCAGAGGUCCAGGUCCCCCCUCCGGCACUACAGCGACCCCAGUCCACCCCACCAUCAGAGGAACCAGAGGGGACCAGAGCACCCCCUGACCCGGCUGGAGAACGCCCUAGCGGAGGUCCAGCGCUGUGCCAGUCCGGAGAGCUCCGCUACGAGCCGGAGCAGCCACCAGAGGAGCCCGUCUGUCCUGGAGAAGGUGAACCGGUUUGAGAGCCGUGAGCAGGAGCAAGGGAAGCAGAGGAGUCAAAGCACCAGCGCCAGCCACAACAACCUGGGACCCUCCUCCUCCCGUCCAACACAGCGCCAGCACCAUGAGAGGGCCAUGAGCCACGGUGCAGGUAUGGAUGACCUGCGGAACAUGCUGGAGAGAAGCAGCAGCCCCAGCAGCACCUGCAGAACACGAAGCUCCUCCUCUAGCUCACGUCAUGGGAAAGCUACGGUGGCCCACCAGGGUCAUCAUUACGCAGAGCAGCAAAUGCCAGGGAGUUGUGACCAGGCCAAGCCCCAGACCUCCAGGGACCCCCACCACCAGCCUAACCCCCAGGACCCUCACCCUGGCUCGGCCCUACAGAGGAGCAGGAGCACCUUCCAACUGGGGAGCCAGGAGGAGAGCGACCGUGACAGGGACAGAGAGUUCCAUUGGAGGGAUGGCCUGCAGGACCUACUGGGGACCAUCCAGGACACGUCCUUUAACCGGGCCUACAGGGACUGUAUCAAGGACGCCCAGUCCAAGGUGCUCCGAUCCACCUCCUUCAGACGCAGGGACCUGGGAAUCAGCGCCAGCUCUAUCCAGAGCUCCAACAACCCCCCUCCUGGUGUCAACAACAACCCCCCUCCCGUCCCCGCUAAGAGGAAGGCGGUGGCCCCCAGUCCCAGUCUCAAACCCUCCACUGUCACCACCACUGUCCCAGCCUCCGCCCCAGCCACCUCCCUGUCCCCUCACACCCCCAAAGAGAGGCACACGAUCACCACCCCAGACCCAGUCCCAGCCCCAACCACCUCUCCCUCCCCUCACACCCCCAGAGAGAGGCAACUUGUCACCCCGGAGCCCGAGAGGUUCAGCCCCCCAGAGCUCCCCAGCGUCCAGGCCUUGGGCCCACCAGUCCCGGCCCGUAUCGGGGGGCGUAAGAGGUUCACCAUGGAGCAGAAGAAGAGGUCGUACUCCGAGCCAGAGAACAUGCACGAGGUGGGGUUAGAGUCUGACGCGAGGAGGAGCACCCAACACCAGCAGAUCCUGUUCCCAGGCACAGAGACCAGCGUGGCGGACCGCAGGAGGAUGUUUGAGAAGGCCGCCAGUCGCAGCCUGAGCUCCAGCUCCCAGACUCCCCAGGGCCUCCAUAUCUCCCAGACUCCCCAGGGCCUCCAGGGCUCGCAGGCUGGUCUAGCCGUGUCACGGCCGGAGCUCCGGCAGCUGCAGCAGGACGCCCUGGCCGACUACAUGGAGAGGAAGAGAGGCUGGAGGACAGACAGGGACAGCUCCGAGGGGAGACAGCAUCGUCACCGGCCCCACAGUGCCUACCUCCAUCCUUUCACAGACACCCAGAGUGUCUCUUCUACCUCCACCACCAGCCUAGCCUCUCUCCAGGAGCUGCUUGGCCCAGACAGCAGCCUCUUUGGUGAGGAAAGGCUCUGCUCCACCCUGCCUCCCGGUCUGCAGCUCCAGGGCUGUGUAUACCCAGGCAGGGUGACCGCACCACACAUCCAUGCCCAGGCCCCCACCUCAGUCUCCACCUCCCACCAAUACCCCACUGGAUCUGGAUCCCACAGGCCUCUGGAGGGAGAGCCAGCCCCAGGCCAGGCCUACGAGGCUUUCCAGAGCCAGGGGUUUUCCCAGCGAGGCGAUGGGGCCUUUGAAAGAGCGGCUCCAGCCCGGAGCUCUGGGAAGUCUUCCUCAGCGGAGGAUCUUCUGGAGCACUCUGAGGAGAAGCCUGCACCACAGCACUUCAGAUCACGCUCCUCGCCCUCUGUAGAGAGGAUCAACCAGGACUUCAUGGCAGGAGGAGAUCCGAGGAUGUUUGAGGUCUUCUCUAAUGAACCCCAGCUGUUCACACACCAUGACAACAACAGGUCCAUGGACAAGCAGCGUUCAAAGCGUCCCAUCUCAGCCUCCCAGUCCCAGCACGCGGACACCCAUUACCUGCUGAAUCAGGGCCCUUCCCAAAGCAACACCCCUGUGAUGAGGAGAGAGAGGCAGAGGAACACCGACCGCCAGCGGGCCCUUAGUGCCUCCGGCCUGGCUGCCUCCGUAGGUCUACCCUGCCCCUUCUCCUCCAUGGGCUCCAGCCCCGGCACUAGCCUUGACUGGCAGGUCAGCGAGAGGCUAAGCCAGGCCAACCUGGAUGCCAUCGUCUUCCCCUGCCAGCUGCAGGUUGGCACUCCCAGAGCCGUGUCCCCGGAGACCAGGAGGAGCCCCACAGCACAUCAGUGCCAGGACCAGGGUCUGCAGACCAGGACCAGACUGGGCCUAUCAGACACCAGCACCUCAGAGGAGACCCUGAAAGACUUCCCCAGAGAGAAUCCAUCCACAGCACCAAAGACCACCCCACCCCCCGUCCUACCUAAAACCAUCCCACCCCUGGUCCUACCUAAAACCAUCCCACCCCUGGUCCUACCUAAAACCAUCCCACCCCCGGUCCUACCUAAAACCACCGCACCCCCACCUAAGACCUCUCCAACCCCACCUUCUCCUAAAACCUCUCCCAGACCACACCCCCUGCUCUCCCUCCGCAUCUCAGAGUCCAACCUGCAGGAGACCCCGCCCUUACAUAUAGCCCCGCCCACACAGGUAGUCUGCUUACAGGACUAUGACGAGGUGUUCCUCCAGGAUCUGGCCCCUCCCUCCCCUCCUCCUCCCCCGCUCCCCAUCAGGGAGACGGACAUCACAGAGGACUUCCCUCCUCCCCCUCUCCUGCCUUCCUCCUCACCCCCAGACGGAGCGGAGCAGGAAGAGAACCGUCGGCCUGGGCUACGACACCUCAACAGCUGUGAGUUCCUGGAGGUUGUGUGUCCAGAGAGAAGACCAUCUAUCCCCUCCCUUUCCCCUCAGACAGUCCCCCCCUCUAUUCCCCAGCCUGAGACCCCGACCCACCAGACCCCCAUCACCCCCAGCAGCAGUAUCCCAGAUCUCCAGCAAGUGCCUAGCGGUAAGGAAAGCCUGGGGUUAGAGUACCGUCUCCUGGCCAGGAGGGAGAGGUCUGCUGGGGAGCUGAAGGUGGAAGCCCUGGUCAGACAGCUGGUGUCCCGGGGGGAUAAGACCCUGAGCCCGGUGCUGGACACCUGGCCCGGGGGUGGACGGACCAGCACCAUGGACCUGAUGGAAGAGAUCUUCCCAGCGGGGGGAGGGAGGUUGCCGUGGCAACGCCGUAGGAGCAGCACCUGGCUGGAGGACAGAAGACAAGAUGGCGUCUGUUCUACAGGACCCAGUCUGCUGCAGAAAACAGAGGGGGAACGAGGGAUGGAGACAGAUCUGGAUGAGGAGGAGGAGGAGGCAGACCUCAAUCAGAAAAAGGUGGAGCUACUCCAGGCUCUGACCCUUAGCGUUGCCUCACUCCGAGAGGAGAGAGAGGUUCUGGGUGAGGAGCAGAGGAGGUUCCGGGCCCUAGGGGGCCACAUGGAGAGCCUGGUCCAGGAGCACUGUAAGCCCAACGAGAAGGAGAAGUACAGGAUGUUCAUCGGGGACCUGGAUAAGAUAGUCAACCUGUUGAUGUCUCUGUGUGGCCGGCUGGCCCGUGUCCACAACGCUCUCUAUGCCCUGGACAGAGAGGAGGAGACAGAGGACAGUGCAGAGGAGAGGGAGUCCUUACAGCAGAAGCGCAGCCAGCUGUGUAGUCAGCAUGAGGAUGCCAGGGAGCUGAAGGAGAAUCUGGACCGGCGGGAGCGUGUGGUUCUGGAUAUCCUGGGUGGGUACCUGACCGGGCCGCAGCUUAGAGACUACCAGCACUACGUCUGUAUGAGGCCAGCCCUGCUGAUCCGACAGAGACACCUGGACGAGCUCAUCAAGCAAGGGGAUGAGCAGCUCAACAGGCUGAUGGAGAGUAUCUCUCCCGGGGAGUCAGACCAUCAGGGGCCUCCUGGGCACCAGCAGGCCCAGUUUUGCUCCACUAACCCAGGCUUAGGCCCCAGGGGUGCCAGCCCUGACCUUGGUCCUAACCAUGGUGUCCGCUCCACCACUGUAACAUCACUGUAACCCCAACAAUAACAAUGCUCCAGUUCGCUACCAGGGCACAUAAUACGGCCGCUGUCGGACACAAAGGGUCUGGUGGAUGAGACUAUGAAGAAGAGACCGAGACAGCACCUUUCCCCAUGUAGAGAUGAACUGUAGGGAAAGGGACUUUUAAUGUGAAGGAUGACACCUGUCUGUCACCCUUGCUGGAGACAGACGGACUAUAAGAGGUGACCUUCGAUCGAUACGUUCUUGUGCUUCUAUCUAUUUAACCACACUUCUCUCUUUUUCUGACUGGCCACUCUUUUGGUUGAUUCAAUACACAGUUGAAGUGCCUAGUGUAAUUCGUACGAACAUAUUGACGUUUUGAGAGUAAUGGUAGUGGGUGUAUAAACUGCCUGUCAAGACAUUUUAUUCACCAUAUAUAUAUUUAUAUAUAUAUAUAUAUAUUUCAGUUAAACUCAUUACCAUACUACUGCCUUUACAUGUGUCUAUCACUACAGCUGAGCACUUUGAUUUGGCAGAUUAACUACUGAUUACACAGAAUGGUCAGAACUAGAAUGACUUCUGAUUCUCAUUCUAUCCCUACGGUUAGAA